CUGUUCCACAGAGCCAUCAUCCAGAGUGGCUCAGCCCUGUCCAGCUGGGCCGUCAACUACCAGCCUGUCAAGUACACCCGCAUGCUGGCUGAGAGGGUUGGCUGCAAUGUGCUGGACACCCUGGACAUGGUGUCCUGCCUGCAGAAGAAGAGUGCCAGAGAGCUGGUGGAGCAAGACAUCCAGCCAGCCCGCUACCACGUAGCCUUCGGCCCAGUCAUUGAUGGUGACGUCAUCCCCGACGACCCCGAGAUCCUGAUGGAGCAGGGCGAGUUCCUCAACUAUGACAUCAUGCUGGGCGUCAACCAGGGGGAGGGGCUGCGUUUCGUGGAGAAUGUGGUGGACCUGGAGGAUGGCGUGUCCGGCAGUGACUUUGACUUUGCCGUGUCGGACUUCGUAGACAGCCUGUAUGGCUACCCGGAGGGGAAGGACACUCUGAGGGAAACCAUCAAGUUCAUGUACACAGACUGGGCUGACAGGGACAACCCGGAGACCAGAAGGAAGACGUUAGUCGCCCUGUUCACUGACCACCAGUGGGUGGAGCCCUCGGUGGUGACGGCUGACCUGCACGCCCGCUACGGCUCACCCACAUACUUCUACGCAUUCUACCACCACUGCCAGAGCCUGAUGAAGCCUGUGUGGUCAGACUCAGCCCACGGGGACGAGGUGCCCUAUGUGUUUGGCAUCCCCAUGGUGGGAGCCACUGACCUGUUCCCGUGCAACUUCUCCAGGAAUGACAUCAUGCUCAGCGCUGUAGUCAUGACCUACUGGACCAACUUCGCCAAGAGUGGGUGAGUACAUUACCCUGAGACCUGGUCAGACUCGGACAGGAUCCAUUCUGUUCAUCCCAAAUUAGGCUUGAUUGUGGUAUGCUUGUAUAGUAAAAUGAUGGGUAGUUCAUUCACAAUAUUUCCCAUUUGUGUCCCUGUAUUUGCCUAAAAGUGCUAUAAAUAAUAGAUGGUAAGAGUAUUCCUAAUCAUAUUCAAAGACGUAUUGAAGCCUGUGCAGAAUAACCAAUAUUUAUAGACAUAUAGACGCACUUCACAUGUAUCUAAAAAUGGAGCCUUGCUGCAUUACACCUCUGCUUAAGUCACAGCAGAAUUAGCACCUCUCUGAACAGAGCAUUUCCACCGUCUCUAUAAAAAUGAUGUUACAGUAAACCCAGAUCUAGAAACCGAUGCUCAGUAGAAAGUGGGUUUUGGAUGUGCUGCAAUGAAAGAUGUAGGGCAGGGAUGGGCAACUGGCGGGGUCUCAACUUAAUGUUGAGCGUUAGAAUAGAAGAAUACACAAGGUGCAAUUUAAAAAUGUGGUUGUGCAUCAGCAGUUUCUCUUUUUAUGUCAGUCACUGACAGUCACUUAAUUAGCCCGUGUCAGGUAUUUUUUUUUAGAUUGGUAAAUUAGUCUAGCCAGUUAUCUAAACUUGUAGUACUCAUGGUCAAAUUACCGACCGGGGGGCCCCCAUUGAUUUUGUUAGUCACUCUCACUCAGAUAUCAUAUUCAAAACAUUUCUCUCCACCCUAUAGCAAAAUGUGUAUAGUUGCAGGAAAUUAACUGUAAAACUGCUAAUAUUUCUCUCAGCCCCAUGGCAAAAUGAGUAGAAUUGCAUGAAAUUAGUUAUACAACUGCAAAAUAUUCUGUACGCCCCAUGGCGAAAUGUGUAGAAUUGCAGGAAAUUUACUCUAAAACAUACUUUUUUUCUCUCCGCUGUCAAGACGGAGGCCACUAAAAUGAUUUGCUCGCAAGGUGUUUUACUCACAAUUUAACUUCGGGUCCCCAAAAGGCUAGGACCGGCUCUGACUGCAUGUGUGGGUAUGCAGAACCGCGAGCCACUGCGGCCCCUCAUGAUGAGUUCUGAUUUUUUGUGGCCCCCACCCCGAUCAAAGUUGCCCAUCCCUGAUGUAGGGAAUGCUGAGCACUUGAAGAAAGACUGUGACAUUAUAUCAACCAAAACUUGCCUAUUGACAUCUAGCCUCGCAAAGCUGCCGAUCACGCGAGCUUACAUUAAACGCUGAAUGGAUAUCCGUGCAGGAUCAGCGGCUUUGCGAGGCUAGUUGACCUCCCCGAUAAUGAAUCAAUUGAAAGAAUGACUUCUCUAUGUAUGUUAUCAAUGAUGCCCUAUCUUUGACCCCUGUCUUCAUUGCGUGUCUGCAGUGACCCAAACAAGCCAGUGCCCCAGGACACUAAGUUCAUCCAUACCAAGGCCAACCGCUUUGAGGAGGUGGCCUGGUCCAAGUACAACCCCCAUGACCAGCUGUACCUGCACAUUGGCCUGAAGCCUCGCAUCCGCGACCACUACCGCGCCACCAAGGUAGCCUUCUGGAAGCAUCUGGUGCCCCACCUGUACAACCUCCACGACAUGUUCCAUUACACCUCCACCACCACUAAGGUCCCUCCCCAGGACACCACCAACUCCAACGGCAAGAGGACCGGCACCACCAAGCGUCCGCCUGUCUCCACGGCCCACAGCAGUAACGGGGAUGGGGAGGAGACGGGUCCUCUGAUCGUGGCUAACCCCAGAGAUUAUUCCACUGAGCUGAGUGUCACCAUCGCUGUGGGCGCCUCGCUGCUGUUCCUCAAUGUGCUGGCCUUCGCCGCGCUCUACUACCGUAAGGACAAGCGCAGCCGGCAGGAUGGCCACGCCGGCCCCCAGCAGGCCAGCCCCCAGCGGCAGAGCAACGGCAACGACGUGAGCCACACCACCACCGACGAGAGCCUGUCCCAUCAGAUGACCCAGAGCAGCCAGAUGAACCAGUGUGACACUCUGCAUGACCUCCAUGACCUCCACGACCUCCCUGGCCUUCACGACCCCCUGCACCUCUCCCCCAACAUGGACUACACCCUGACCCUGCGCCGCUCACCAGACGACAUCCCCCUGAUGACGCCCAACAACAUCACCUUGAUCCCCAACUCCCUGAUGGGCCUGCCCAACAUGCACCCCUACAGCACCUUCCCAGCCGGGUACAACUCCACAGUCCUGCCCCACUCCCACUCCACCACCCGGGUAUAG